AUCCCUUAUUCCCUUGGUCCCUGAAAUAGGUUUCCAUCAACAAACAUCACAACGGACAAGAAAAGAAAUCAAGAGGACCAACUGGUCUCCUCUUCUAAGCUCGCCAAUAAUGGCGGCUACGACGGCGACGAAGCAAAAACGAACCAACUCAAGCUCCGACGGAAUGAACACAAGGGUUUGGUUCUAUUCCAUUUUACUCACUCUUCAAUACGGGGCUCAGCCUCUGAUCUCUAAACGCUUUACCGGACGAGAAGUUAUAGUGACAACAUCUGUAUUGACAUGUGAGAUAGCAAAGGUAAUAUGCGCCUUAAUUCUCAUGGCAAAAGAUGGUAGUUUGAAGAAAUUAUCCAAUGAGUGGACUUUAGUUGGUUCUCUCACUGCAUCAGGACUUCCCGCAGCUAUUUAUGCACUGCAAAACAGCUUGCUGCAGAUAUCUUACAGAAAUCUUGACUCACUCACGUUUUCUAUGCUGAACCAGACAAAAAUUUUUUUCACUGCAUUCUUUACAUUUAUAAUAUUGAGGCAGAAGCAGUCGAUUCAACAAAUUGGUGCUCUGUUCUUGUUGAUCAUGGCAGCUGUUCUUCUAAGUGUUGGUGAAGGCUCUAGCAAGGGAACCAGUAGUAGUAACCCUGAUCAAAUUUUAUUUUAUGGGAUUGUCCCCGUGCUGGCUGCUUCUGUUCUUUCUGGCCUUGCUUCAGCUUUGUGUCAAUGGGCUUCUCAGGUUAAGAAGCACUCAUCGUACUUGAUGACUGUAGAAAUGUCCAUCGUUGGAAGCCUGUGCUUGUUGGCCAGUACCACCAAGUCUCCAGAUGGUGAAUCAAUCAGACGAUAUGGAUUCUUUCAUGGUUGGACUCCAUUGACUAUGGUUCCGGUUGUAGCCAAUGCUCUUGGAGGAAUUCUUGUUGGCCUUGUAACAAGCCACGCUGGUGGUGUUAGAAAGGGAUUUGUGAUUGUUUCUGCACUUCUUGUGACGGCCUUGCUGCAGUUUAUUUUCGAGGGGAAACCACCUUCAAUAUACUGUUUGCUGGCUCUGCCCCUUGUCAUUAGCAGUAUUUCAAUAUACCAAAAGUAUCCAUAUAGAGUGAAAAAGAAGGAAUCGUGAUUCAUAAGAUAGAAGGGGAAUUAUUAACUCCCUGUAGAUGAAGUUUUCAUUGGCUUGACAGAUCCCAAAUUACAGAGAAGGAAUGUCAAAGCUUGAAGUGAUUUUUCACCUACUAUAUUAGGGCUCGAGGAACGCAUUCUAAGCUUUCACAAAAUUGAUGAACUAAUGUGAAAUUAUUUGAACUGGAUGAAUGAUGAAUGUAGGCAUUUUCCUCUUUUUUUUU